AGUGCCAAAACUCUACAUUUGGAUUAUUAAUGUCUUAUUUAAAGAAUUAUAAAACAACUGCACUCCGUGAUUACACAAGGAGUUAUCGAGUGCAAUAUAAUGCUGGCUAUGAUAGAGGUAGCACAGCACAGUCCAAAAAAAACAGAAGGGGGCAAAGCAAAAGAGAAAUUGGAAAAGACCUUACCAAAAAUACUACAGAACAUAGCAAGAUAGAAAAUAAGAGAAGAAAUAAGAGCGAAGCAACAGAGUCAAAAAAUCAAGAAAAUGGAAGAUACAACAAAAGAGAUCAAACAGGAGAAACACAGAGAGAUGAAGAGAGAGGGAGAUGAAUGGAAAAAGGAAACAACUAUUCUACUAUAAGGAAAAUGACAAGAGAAAGGCGAUUAUUGUCAAAGAAGUCUAAGAAGCAAGAUGAGCCAACUAAAAAGACUAAAUAUGAACAAGAAACCGAACAAUAUAAAGCUACUAUCAAAAAAUAUGAAAAGAGACAAAUGUCAAAUUUGAACGUUAAUGUCCAGAAGCAUUUAGAUAAAAAGAAAACAAUUCGUGAGAAUCACAAUCCAACCCCAAAGGAAACAUCUCAAAGAAACAACAACAACAAAGGAGACAACAAUCAGACACCCAAUCCCCAAAAACCAAAAGACCUCCCCAAACCCUCCAAAACCCCCGCUCCAACUACUCAGGAUCCUCCCAAGUCCGACUCUCCUCCACCAACAACAAAAGCUCCUUCUCCAUCAAAACCAACACCAAUCCCAACCCCACACAAACCCUCCCUCCCCCUCCAGUCUCCCCCAAAACAGCCUGAAAUAUCCAAAAAUCCUCUACUAAGACCCACCGCACCAACAUACACCCUACCUCCUCCCAAAGAAGUCAAGACCAAUCCUUCCCAGGCAAAAUCAGCAGCUGCUACUAAGAAGGCUCUACAGGAAAGAAUUGCAGAACAAAAGCUUGUUAACCCUACUCCUAAAGUAGAGAACACCAUGCCCAAAGUUCCUAAAGAAGAGGUCAAUCGGAAUUGGCAGGAAUAUGUUGGUAAUGGAUUGCCGGGCAAGCCUCCAAAGAAGAAUAAUGGACCAGAUUCAGAUAAACAGAAAUCCAAGGAAAUUAUUCCUUCUGUAGGAAUUGAAAAUCCUUGAUUCGAUUGAUUUUUGAUUUCAUCUAUCCAAGCUCUUUUUUCAGUUAAUCAAUUCUUUGAUUAUUUUCAUGAUGCCAGACCUAGUAUUAAAGAUAAAUUUUCAGAGAGACUUUCUGAAUUUUGCAUAAAUUACAAGAAAACUAAAGAUAGUUUCAUUCCCAUAAACAGAUUAAGAUCGCUUUCUUCUAAUGAAUUUAUAAAUUAUGAACAACAUGAUGCUACUCAGUACAUUCUUCACUUAUUCGAAAAUAUACAGGAAGAGGCUAAUCCAGGUGCUCCAUUCUUUACAUCUUCUGGCUAUACUAGUGCAGAAGCUGCUUGGAAGGCCUACUCCAAAGACCACGAUUCUAUCAUAGACAAGCUCUUUGUAGGAAUGUCUCAAUCAAGAUUUAUUUGUGAUGGCUGUUCAGAAGAGACCUCUGUUUAUGAAGAAUUUAAGACGACAAACCUUACAUGUGACAACUAUUACAAGAGAAAGAAUGCAACACACAUUAGAGAGCUCGGAGAAGAGGUACAAUGGAGCGAGAUGUAUUGUAAGCAAUGAGAGGAUAUUAGAGUCUGUCAAAUUAAAAAGACGAUAACUCAUUUACCAGAAAAUGUCAUCAUGGUGUUGCAGAGAUUUGAUCCUGUUACUCAGAGAAAAAUUCAUGAUAAAAUGAAAUUUCCUUUAAAUUUUACAAUAAAACAGGAAGGAAAUGCUUUGAGAACUCCAAAAUAUAAGCUAAAGAGUGCUAUUAUCCAUAGAGGAAGUCUUACAGGAGGACACUACACUUGAGUAGCUAACAGAGGUGACAAAUGGAAGUUGUUUAAUGAUGAAUCUGUGAGAAAUAUCUACUCUAGCUCUCCUGAAAAAGAAAUAGAAGAUGCGUACAUUUUGAUGUAUUCCAGAACAGAUUAA